GAAGACAGGCAGAUGAGAGUGGGGGAAAGUGUAAUAUGCUUGCAUCUGUAGAACUCAUUCAUUUGUCCAUAUAUAUCACUGCCCAGAAUCUGCUGGGAUAUUGAACUAGCUGACUGAUGACUAUGGUUUUAAUGCCAGUGCCAGAGAGAAAUAGCACCCUCAGUGACUGGGAUUCUCAUUUUAAAAUUCAUAACUGUCUAGUAAGAAUAUAAAUGUUUUCAUAUAUGUUGCUGCUUCUCUGCAAGCAGAAUAUAUGGAUCCAGGAAGCAAGGAUUAAAGAUGGAAAUGAGGUCCCUGGCUUGGCUCACACCACGCUUUGCACCGUCCUCCAGUCCUUGCUCGCAGUCUCUCCGCCACCAUGCCAUGUUCAUCAGGAACACCAAUGUUCUCCACGCCUCUGAGCCAGAGGAGUUUCACUCUGAGCUCACCCAGCAGCUGGCACAGGGCACUGGCAAGCCGGCACGGUUCAUCGCAGUGCACGUGGUCCCAGACCAGCUCACGACUUUUAGCGACAUGAACGACCCCUGCACCCUCUGCAGCCUGCACAGCAUCAGUAAGAUUGGUGGCACCCAGAACCGCAACUACAGCAAACUGCUAUGCGGCCUACUGUCAGAUCGCCUGCAUAUCAGUCUGGACCCGGUCUACAUCAACAUGAAUGCAGCCAACCUGGGCUGGAACAGUUCCACCCUCGCUUGAGUCCGGGCCUCACUUAACUGCACCGCUGUUCUUCAAGCCUUGCUGCAUGCAGAGUUCUGUGUUUACCCACCCUAACGAUGCCCACCUUCCGGUAGGGAAAAAUAAAUGGUUUAAUAGUCACUUCCAGGGGCUGGGGAUUUAGCUCAGUGGCAGAGCGCUUACCUAGGAAGCGCAAGGCCCUGGGUUCGGUCCCCAGCUCCGAAAAAAAGAACCAAAAAAAAAAAAAAA